CUAUACAGCAUGGGUCAUGAAGGAGAGAGCAUCAAGGCAGAUAUCCUAGAUUUAUCAGAGAAUUUCCAAGAUUUUGAGAUUGACAGCAAUACUUGGCUCAGUUCAACGAUGGACUCACAAAAAGUGAAAAUUGAAAACCACAAAAGGGAGUGCCAUUACGUGCAGAAAAAUUGUAACAUCAUUGGAGUUCCUAUUUCGGAAGAGGAGUUGAAGAUACGAAGUGAGCUCGGAAUGGAGAUUGAAAGGGACUUAGAAGAAGAGAUCAAGGAGAGUAUAUACCACCUUGCUCUCCGGUUGCACCGGAUUUACCAGCAGAGGAAGGAAAGAAGUGCAAAAGAAGCAUCAAAACUUGGCAAUAACCGAGGUAGAGCACUUUCUGAAGUGAACAUAUGCAUAAGAAUGGAAGGGGCAACUAAAGUUGAAAUUAGAGAGGUUAACAAAGAAGGAGCUGAAAAGGGUUGUUCUUAUUAUCCACAGAAAUAUAGACCUCAAAAUGUGAAGAAAGUGAAGGAGGUUGAUUGGGUGAGGACCCUAAGAGCAGGUUCUAGCCCUGUUUGUGGUAGCAGAUCAUCAUCAUGUGUGAGCUCAAAGCAGAAGGAGAAAAAGCUAAGCACUGACCCUAAUGGUUUCUCCAACAGGAAAAUUCAUGGUGGGAGGGGAAGAAAGAGUGCAGGUUCCUCAGGGCUUGUAGUGAAACGGAAUGCAAGUGUGGACAAGAAGAUACUUCGUUUGGGGUGGAAGGUUUGAAUUGAAGGUCUUGCUUUGAUUCGUGAAUUUUAUUUUGCUUUAUUUGCAUAAAUAUAUAAUAGUAUAGUUUGGGACGAUUUUCCUUAAUAU